AUGGCUGAUUCAGAAAGCACCGCCAAACUCUUGGUUUCCCACGAUAAUGCCAAUGCCUAUGUCAAGGCUGUCCUCCAAGCCAACAAUGUAUCCGAGAAAGACGCAGCAGUGGUAGCCCACUGUCUCGUUGCUGCCGAUCUCCGCGGCGUGGAUACUCACGGCGUCAAUCGAAUUCCCUCCUACCUCGCUCGCAUCCGCCAAGGCGUCCUGGACCCCGCUGCUCAACCCACUCUCACAGAAAAGACCCCCGUUGUGGCUCAAGUGGACGGCAAAAAUGCCUUUGGUUUCGUCGCUGCCAGAUUAGGCAUGGAGAAAGCGAUCGAUAUGGCCAAAACCUAUGGCAUCGGUAUGGUCAGCGUGAAGCACAGCAAUCAUUUCGGCAUGAGUGCUUGGCUGGUCCAGCAAGCUAUUGAUUCUGGCAUGAUGAGUCUGGUCUUUACCAAUUCAUCACCCGCACUACCAGUCUGGGGCGGCAAGGAAAAGUUGAUGGGAGUGUCACCAAUCGCCUGUGGAGCUCCUGGUUCCGAGCAUGAUUUCAUCUUGGACAUGGCUCCUUCGGUCGCUGCCAGAGGCAAAAUCUACAAAGCGAAACGUAGAGGCGAGAAGAUUCCAGUAGACUGGGCGUUGGACAAGGAUGGCAACAGAACUGAUGACCCGAGUGCUGCCCUCGAAGGAGUCAUGCUGCCUAUGGGUGGGCCGAAGGGGUCGGCCUUGUCGGUCAUGAUGGAUGUGUUCUCGGGUGUCUUGUCUGGAUCCGCGUUCGCCGGACAUGUGACGAAUCCAUACGAUCCGUCAAAGCCAGCGGACGUGGGUCACUUCCUCAUUGCUUUGAAGCCUGAUCUCUUCCUCAGCUCGGAUGAGUUCAAGCAAAGGAUGGAGUAUCUUUACAACAGAGUCGUGAACUCGGAAAAGAUGGCCGGGGUAGACAGAAUCUACUUUCCGGGAGAAAUCGAACAGCUGACGGAAGUGGAAAGAAGGAAAUCUGGUAUACCGUAUGUCGCCGCAGAAGUCGAUGCCCUGAACGCUGAGGCAAGGCGAGCCGGUGCACAAGAUAUAGUCGUGUCACAGUAA